GUGUCGCUCAUGUUACACAGAUCUCUGUGUCUCUUGUCUUUCUCUCUUUCCCUCUGUGUCCUAGCCAGGAGCCGUAUCUCUGUUUGCAACUAUCGGAUACCCUUUUGAGGACUUACCAGCAAUAUAUUUAUUGAAAACAUUUUGUUGAUACUAAUUCUUCUCCAGGCAACAAAGUUUCCAGCAGUCAGUUGCACUUGUUGGUGCUCUGUGGCUGUCAGGAUGCAGCAGCUGGCAUUGAAGGUCUUCUGCUCCACACUGCUGCUUCUUGCAGUGGUGCCUUCUGUGUACUCACAAUCAGAUUGUUCUCAAGCCGAGUCAUGUGACCUGUGUGUUGGAGACUCCAUGCUCAACCUGACAGGCUGUGUCUGGAGGCUUUGUCCAGAUGGUAAUGACACAGGCAUGUGUGUGACUGAUGAGGGCGACUCAGCAGACAACGGCAUGAACUGUAGCUGGACUAGAGUGUCUGAAUUGUGCUCAGUCGUGGAGACUGUAGCUGAUGGAGGAGGUAAAGGUGACUCAGGUGACGGAAGCAACACCAAUUCAUCCCCAGAGUUCUCCCAGGCCAAGUUUGACAUGUCCAGUUUCAUUGGAGGCAUCAUACUAGUGCUGUGUGUGCAGGCGGGCGGCCUCCUUGCUAUGCGCUUCCUCAAAACCAAAGAGCAGAGCAACUAUGACCCCAUAGAGCAGCCACAGUGAAGACAAGAUGUGUGAAGGACAAACAGAUGAGGGUGGAGGACAGCAGAGCAAUGACUCAUCGAGUUGUGACGACAAGAGUUUUUUUUUUUUUUUCUGAGCCCUUGUCAUUUUAGGUUUGGUCCCCAUGUGUACCCCUGGGGGUUGGGUGUGUUUAUAAGAGGACAUUUUUCUCAUAAUACUGCAUUGUGUAACGAGUGUAUGUGCAUGUGUUCACUGUGUUUGUAUAGUAUUUAUAUUUCAGACAUUUUGCCUGUUGGUAUUCAUACAAUCUGACAAAUGAGGAACAAAAAGCCUCAGAUGUUCUCAGCACUUUUAGCGAUUUAUCAUUGAGAUCAAACCCACCAUAAAAAUUCACAAGUACUUAAAUAACAUGCAACUAGCUGUAUCAAUGUUUCAACUGUGUAAAUAGUACAGUGCAACUGUGGGAAAGGGUGAUAUAAUGCCAUGUAGACAGUAGGUCAGACAAGGUCAUGACAGGCAUUUUAAAGUUUUUUUCAAGAACCCUAAAAUAGACCAAAAUGAGACCCUAGACAUCAACUUCGUAAGAUAUUUUUUCAUCUAAGAAUACUUCUGUCUUUCAUGUGGAGUUGAGUUACUUUCUAGUGUUUGAUUGAGACCAAAAAUUUCAAUACUUAUGUAUGUUAUAUAUUUAUAUCAUUUGUCAACUUGCAGUGAGUUAAAUAAUUUAGCUGGGGGCACUAAGGGGCCAUCUCAACAUUUCCUGGGACUACUUAACAAUAUAAGAUCUGAGGCCCAAUAGUAGCAGACCUUUGAAUGUCAUCCAGUAUGGCUUUCUGAUUUGUGUGUGUGUUUUGUUUUGACUUGUCUUUUUUUAUAAAUUCAUUUUCUGUUUUGGCUGCUCAUUACAUACAUAUCAGCUUUAACCCUUUAAUAACAGUUCAAAGAGAUGUGAUGUGACCCUGUUUACUCGUGCUAAUGCUGGUUAAGUUCAUCAAUAUGAAUGUGUUUGAUUUUUUUGUGAUGCCAUUACAAUGAAACAUGCUUAAAAAAGGCUGGCAGCCUGAAUAAACUAAGGAUAAACACC